AUGAAGCUGACACAGACCACCAAGAGUAUCAAGACAAAGACAGUGAAACAUCAAAAGAAAGACAAACUAAAUGAGAGGAAAGGUAAACCUCUGAAAAAGGACAACAAAACCAAAGAGACAAAACAGGAGAAGAAGGAGGGCACAAAUCCUGCAUACUUCCCCUACUUCAAAGACAGCUACUGUCCCCCGGAGUGUGCCUGCUAUGGACGAGUGGUCCAGUGUUCCGACAAGGGGCUGGAGAAGGUUCCGUACGGCAUCCCUUAUAACUCCCGCUACGUCCUCCUGAUGAACAACCGCAUCGACAGCAUUCAGCUGGACCUGCUCAAUGAGUACCUGUCCAUGGAGUUCCUGGUGCUCAGCAACAACCGGCUGACAGACGGCUCCAUCGAGGGGGCCUUCGAGGGCAUCCCGGCCCUGAGGCGGCUCUACCUGGACCGGAACCUACUGGAGAGCGUGCCCACAGACCUGCCCGCCUCCCUGGAAGAGCUGCGUCUGGAUAACAACCAGCUGAACGUGAUGUCGGAGGGAGCCUGGGCCCACUGCCCUGGCCUGCUGGUCCUCAGCCUCAACAACAACAGCCUGGGGAAUGGGAACGAUACUCUCCCCGCCAGUGUGCUCUCACCUCUGGGCAGCCUGCGCACCCUCAGCCUGGACCGCAACCGGCUGGCCUCGGUGCCUCUGGGCUUACCGCUAUCUAUCAGGGAGUUGUACCUCCGUGGCAACCUUAUCCAGAAGUUCCCAGGGGAGGCCUUCAUGGGCACCUCAGAGCUGGUGAUUCUGGAUUUGAGCGCUAACCGGUUAACCAACCAUGGCCUGCUCAGGGAGUCCCUCGUCAACGCCACCCACCUGGAGAGCCUCAACUUAGAGGGCAACCAGCUCAAGAAGGUACCCCGCCACCUCCCCUCUUCCCUCAAAACCCUCAACCUGGAGGGCAACCUCAUCUCCUCCGUGGGCAAAGCCUCCUUCCUCCACCUCCCACACCUGGAGCACCUGGGCCUGGCCAGUAACAAGAUAGCCAGGGUGGCCUCGGGGGCUUUCAGGGCGCUGCCCGUUCUGCACCAAUUGGACCUGUGUCACAACGCCCUGAGCCAGGUGCCCAGGCAGCUGCCCCGGGGGCUACACUCAGUGGCACUCACACACAACAAGAUCCACUCAGUGCCCCGCGACGCCUUCUGCUGGGGGGGUUCAGACCCUGGCCUCAGCAGCCUGGUGCUGGUGCAGCUGGAGCACAACCUCAUAGACCUGGGCCACCUGGACGCAAAAGCCUUCCACUGCCUCAGAGGCUUCCAGGUGGUACACUUCUACUGA